GCCGUAUAUCAGAUCCCAACCGAAACUGACGAGCCAACCAAGAGCGUGGCGCUUGCUUUGCAGCGUGUUUUCUAUCAACUACAAACAUCAGAUACUCCAAUCGGCACUACGGAACUUACAAAGUCGUUCGGCUGGGAUUCCUACGAAUCCUUCAUGCAGCAUGAUGUCCAAGAGUUUAAUCGGGUGCUCCAAGACAACCUUGAGGGGAAAAUGAAGAAUACUAAAGCAGAAGCCGCGAUAAGUAAAUUGUUCCUCGGUAAGAUGAGGAGCUAUGUAAAAUGUGUGCACGUUCCUUAUCAAUCAUCACGUGUAGAAGAUUAUUGUGAUAUACAAUUGAAUGUUAAGGGAUGCAAGACGUUGAGAGACUCAUUUAAAGAUUACGUACAAGAAGAGACUCUUGACGGCGAAAAUAAAUACAAGGCCGAAGGAUAUGAUGAGUUACAAGAGGCGAAGAAAGGCGUUAUAUUUGACACGUUUCCUCCAGUAUUACAUCUCCAAUUGAAACGGUUCGAAUACGAUAUACAAAAAGAUGCAAUGAUUAAGAUCAAUGAUCGGCAUGAAUUUCCAAUGGAAAUCGAUUUAGAGGAGUUUUUAUCCUCAGAGGCUGAUAGAUCACAGCCCCAUAAGUAUUUAUUGCAUGGUGUGCUAGUUCACAGUGGUGACUUACAUGGUGGUCAUUACUUUGCUUUACUGAAACCGGAAAAAGAUGGACGAUGGUUGAAAUUUGAUGAUGACAGGGUUACACCUGUUACAGAGAAAGAAGUAUUAGAAGACAAUUAUGGUGGAGAACACUCUACCAUCAGUCCACCUACCAACAUCAGACCGACGGGAAAGAUCGGAAAACGCUUUACGAAUGCAUAUAUGUUGGUAUAUAUACGUGCAUCCGCUGUCGAUGAGAUACUAGCGCCUGUGUUAGAGUCUGAUAUACCCGAGCAUUUACGGAAGAGGCUAGAAGAGGAAAAAGCAGA